GGCGUUUGACCGGUGCAGCACUUUGCCAGGCGUUUCCUAGCAACGGGAGAAGCGAGAUGGCGGCGGAGUGGGGUCCCGGGCGGACUUUCACGUUCAGACAUCUGAGCGAUAAGGUCAUCAGCUUCCCCCAGGACGGCAAAAUCAAAGAGCAUUUCAUAAAGUGGUCAAUGCAUGGAAGGAUUGCUGUACAUGUUUUCUGUUUUGAUGAGUGUUUUCAUCCUUAUGAUAAGGAUGAUUUUGCAACGGCAUUUUUCCAGGAUCCUAAUGUUUUGGAAAAUCUGAAGAUUUUGCCACCUUCAUCUUGUCAAUGGACAACACUGGGGGCUGAUGUUAAGAAAGUGGAGACUGAAGCUGUUCCUUGUACCCAGCUAUCUAUGACAUUCUUUGACCGUUUGUACAGUGAAGGAAUUGUACGAGACACAGGGCACAUUGCCAAGUGUUAUGAUGAAGUCUAUGAGGAUUUUACAAUCGCUGACAAGCUUCGACAGGUAUUACUGCUGGAAGAUUCUGACGAUUAUGAAAUAUUCAACAAGGCUGAUCGUGAGGAAUUUCUCUUUCGGAUCUUCAAACACCUCUGCCUGGGUGGAGCGUUCUGUCAGUAUGAAGAUAUGAUUGAUGUUUAUUUGGACAUUACCAAAACAAUAUACAAGGAAUUAGUCAGUGUGCAGAAGGAUCCUCGUACAAAACUUAUCAGCAUUGUCUCCACAGUGUUCAAAGUUACUGCUUAUGAUGAUUAUGGCAUAUGUUAUCCUUCCACCACGGAGCAUGAACAAACUUUUGCCUAUCUGAUUGUGGAUGCAAUAAAGCGUCAUGUACAUGUAUUUUACCAUUCCUUUGGAGGAGGGUUAUUUACAGAUCCUUGUGAUUAACAGUUACAUUGCUGGAUCAGCACACUUAUUAUGGAUUAUUCAACUGAAGACUUGCUGUAUAUGUUAUGAAGGCAAGCAAAGGAUUAUUUGUUCCAAUAUUUGAGACUGUUUCCUUUCCAGCUUUCUUUUCCUGUUUUUGUAUUUGAUUAGGAUAUAAAUCAGAUAAAAAAUGCAAAAUGCAAUUUUUAAAAAAAAAUCCUUCAGGAUAUUUACUUAGCUAUUUAAAUGUGAUAGUUUUGUUCUGUUAGAUAAUUUAUAAAGUAGUACAUUUAGAAUAGAUUUCUAGAAUGUUAACAAUUAUUUAUUUUUGUUCUAUAUCGUUGCUAAA